CAAGCGCAGGGCUAUUCAUGCUGCUGCUGCUGUUGCAGCAGGAACUGCCGUCAACGGAAGCACGUUGCAAUAAGCCCGACGAUCUGGCCAAUGGCUCCGUGUGGCAGCGACGUAACUUUCUGCGAUUCCGAUGCUUUACCAAUUAUAUUUUAAUGGGCAAACCGAUACUCAGUUGCAGCAUGAACGGACGCAUCAAUGACGAACGGCCUUUUUGUGCCAGGGCUGGCUGUACGCAGCCGAAAGAUCCGGAACAUGGUAAAAUCGAGCUGCAGCGUGGCCUCGCCGCGGUGGUCGUUUGCAUGGACGAGUACGUGGUCGCUGGCAAUGCUUUGGCCUAUUGCAAUGGCCACAAUUGGGAUCGCUUGCUGGGCGUUUGCCGGCAUCGCAAUCAUUCGCAGAGUCACGCCUGUGAUUUCGAGAGCGAGGAUCUGUGCGGCUGGGUGCCGCAGCAGACGCUAAUCCAGCCCUGGAAACGUGUGGCCACCGUCAGUCACUUUCACUCGUAUCGGACGGGACCGCGACACGAUCACACGCUCCAGAAUGCCUACGGAGGACACUAUAUGCUGAUGGAGACAACAACAUUUGCUGUGGGCGAUCAUCAUUUGCUUUCGCCCAUCUAUCCACGCGAGCUGAGCCUGAAGACCGCCUGCUGUUUCCGCUUUCAUUAUUUUAUGUACGGUUCCGGCGUUGGUACUUUAGUUGUCUCCGUCAAGCCUCAAGAGAUGCGUGUGGAGCAAAUGUGGAGGCAAAAUCGUGAUAAAUACUCGAAAUUCGUGGCUAAGGGCAACAAGGGCAACCAAUGGCUGGAGCACACGAUUUUCAUUGAUGAAAUGCCCGGAGAUUUUCAGGUCGUUUUCACCGCCACCGAUGCCACUGCCCAAUUCGGCGACAUUGCCAUUGAUGAUGUACGCCUGAUGACGGGCAGCGAGUGUGGCGGAGGUGGUGACACCACCACCACAGAGCCACCAGUGCGUGAGACACUCGAGCCCGUAGUCUACGACAUGAUGAACUGCAGCCAACGCUGUGGCCAGCCGGCACCACUGGACGAUGAGCUGCGCUCCGAUGGCAAAUUAAUCAAGUCCUGCGGCUGUGAUCUGCUUUGCUUUGACAGUUGCUGUCCCGACUAUUUCACCACAUGUUUGUUUCAAGUCGAAGAGACAACAACUGAGGAGGCGGCAACAGCACCACCAGCACCACCACCAACUACUACAAUAACAACAAACACUACGACAACACCGAAACCAACAACAACGCCAACUACUGUCAGAACAACAACAACAACCACAACCAAAAAGCCAGCAACAACCAAGCCGACAACAACAACAACAACUACAACUACAACUACAACUACAACUACACAGCGCACCACAACAACAACUCGCAGAAUACCACCAACAACAAGAGCAACCACUGCUGUGACAACAACAACCACAAUACGGCAAACGCCGAGCACACCCAGAACACACGAUACUGCAGCAAAUCCCACGCAACCUCAUCGUAAACGCAUGAGCUGGACAGUCCAACCGGAUGAUUUCAAAGGGGACAGCGACAGGCAGACCGGCUCGAAUCCGGCUCGGUUCAUGUGGUACCUCAUGCUGGCCACCAUACUGAUCGUUAUCGCGGUCAGCAUUCUGUAUCGCUGGAAAAGACCCAAAGGCGCGCUCAACGAGAAGGCGGUCAGUUUUCAAAAGACCUUUGCCAAGCUGAAGAAGGCGGCGCUCUUGAAGGGGCAUCGCAACGGAGCAAACGAGGCAAAUGCUCCACUUGUGGUUGACGAUGAUGAUGUUCAGUUCGAGGAAAUGGGUGUGGAUAUACGCAAUGUGUCGGAGCUUUAGCUCGAGAAUGGAACGAAUGUGUACAUAUGCCUAUCUAUAGAUACCUCAUCUAUGAAUACAAUCUACUUGUUAUAAGCAAAAAUUAUAAUUUUAUAAUGCUUAAUGCGCACUGUUUUACUAUAUUUGAA